UACAGUUUCUAUCAGCAAACCAUCAAACCUCGCUGAAAACAUUCUAUUUCUUUUUCUCUCGACGUUAGUUGCCAUUAAUUUUGUGUCCCCCAUAAUACAUUUACCAACAACUUGGACAUUUCAUUCCUUAUAUCUGUAUUUCUCUUGGACAUAGGCUGUCAAAAUGAAAUGUAGCUACUUUUAUGAGAAAUUAACGCAAAGUUUACAACUGAAAAAGGAGGAAUGUAAAUAUACAGGAAUGCCUUUGAAAUUAUACCAAAUAGAUAUAUACAACCUUUACUCGUGUACUAUACAUAGAUUCCUGUUUCUUCACAUCAUCACCCCCUUGGUUUCAGGGUAAGGUCACAAGUUGGUUUUAGAGUUUACAUCGGAAAAGCCUAUGAAAAGUGUCUUCUGAAGAACCACAAGGCUGCACUGUGUCAAUUUCAUAUGCAGGGAUCCUUCUGUAAUGUAGAUUCAUAACCACCAGGGGCAGGGUGGGACCAUAAUCGAGAUUUAAUGUUGCCAUCGGUUAAACAAGCGAUGCUGGCUGUGGGCCUGCUUUACAUACAUUCGCGGCAUCAUAUUUUUUUUUUACGUAACCUUUAAACCGUUGUUAGUGAAUGAAAAAUGCCUCUGUUCUAAUUUCAAGCUGAUCCACUACAACCUGCGGCUGGAACACUGCAUGUAUAAGUUUACAACAACAAAAAGAUACAUUCAGAAUUUUGGUCCUGUUUCUAAAUUAGGUUUUUAGGGGGAGGGAGAGUUAAAGUGUAGAGAAUGUAGAGACAUCCUUCUCUCUACAACGGGAUCCGCCGAUGAGACUCGACAUCGCACCGUCAUCCCAGACGUCUUUGUUUUCAUUCAUAUGCUGUAACUAAAACUGGCGACAUCAACAAUUAACUUGAAUUGAUCGACGAGAGCUGCGAAGUUGUUGGUAACGGUAUUGAUUCGGGGGACUCUAUCGCAAUCUCUUGUACCAAUGUUGACUUUCCGCAAAACGGACGCGAUUGAUAAAACCUCGGGUAAAAAUGUUUGAUACUCAAGGAGUCCCUUCUUUUGCGUCACCUGCCAAGAUCGACCUGUUUUUUUUUUAUAUAAAAAUUUAUGUGAAAAUUGCACUGUAUGGUCACAAAAAAGUAAAUGAAAUAGAUAGUGGAAUUUAAAUUACUUUCUGUACAGUCGGGAAGGCAGCAAGAUGGAUCUCAAGACGAGGCCCGUUUUGGAGUGUCGGAUGCCCACGUUGGUGACCAAACCAGCGUUCCUUUUGCCACUGGACGAAAUGCCAAAACAUCACAAACGUCAGGCGCUUGGUUUGCAAAUGUUGGAUACAAGUCCCCCACGUAGCCUGAAAGAUCUCCGCAACAUUAUCGCCGCCGAACUAAAACAGGUUGCUAAGAAGCUCUCCCGCCUCGAGAGGGCUUAUUAUGGAGUCGGGAAAAGCAUACAGGAUGAGGUCGACCGUUUAGUAAGUCCUAUUAAAGUUGUGAUGCGCAUGUUGAACAUUUUUGACUUUUCAUCAGGAAAAGUGAUAGAGGAUGCCAUCAAGGCUGGCCAGGAUCCCAAAAGAUACAAAGGUGAUCCAAACAACAUCGCGUUACUAAAGGACAUGCACGCAAAGAUCAAACAAUACGUACCAGAAAAGUUCACAGAAAUCUCAGACUAUUGUCUUAAGAUAUUGUCUACAAUAGAAAAGUAUUGUGUGAGUUUUUAUGACCCAGAGAAAGACGAAUAUUUGGAAACUGCAGCUCACUACCAACAACAAGUAAAUAUGUGGAAAAGUACGAUUAGAAACAAUCUAGAAAAGGUAAAAAAGUUACAGAGGGAUUUCCAUGAAAGAAUCAUUCAUUACACGAUGUUUACAGCGCCAGUAAUCACAUUUUGUAAGAAAAAUGAAUGUGAACAAGUGCCCUUUCUCUUCCUUUUCGCAGACGCAUGCACAAACAUUCGUGCUGCUAUGGCGAUCAUGACGACAUGGCUACAAGCAGAUGAAAAUUACCCCAUUUUUUUACGCAAUGAUAUCGACGACAUGGAAAGGAAUAGAGAGGAAAAGAUCCGGUGCAUGCGUGACGCCAAGACUCGAUUUCAUUCGGUGACGUAUAAACUUAACCAUUCCGAAAUCGAACUGGAGACUGCCAAGGCGGAAAUCGAGGGAUGGAAGGACAAAGAAGAGGCACUUCGAAUUGAAAAAGACUACCUCUUCAACCUACAGAGCGAUUUGCAACAAGAGUGUGACUUUAAAGAAUUCAGACGUGAUGAAUUAGCAAAAAACAAAGCCGACUUUAGUCCAGAGGACUAUAAUGCAACAUAUGACAUGCUUACAGAAGAAAUUCGCUAUGUUCGGGAUAGGAUGCCGCUGGUCAAGCGACAGUUGGCAGCAGCAGAGCAUAAGUUGGAGUGGAUGGGGGAUAAAAAACAUGCCUCGAGAAAGAUUGAAAGGGAGGUUAAACAGUUCAAGCAAGAACUGAAGCAGGCUAAGAUCGAACGCCAACAGCGGGAGAAUGAAUUCACAGAACUAGAAAAUGCUCUAGAAGUAGCCAGGCGGAUUCAUCGCUAUAAAAUAAGCACGGACGCAGCCGAAAAAAUCUACUUUUGUCUUCCCAUGGGACCGAAGCAGUCACAGCUUCUUGGUUCACUAGACGAUAAAAUGACAAAAUCCAUUGGAGUAGUUUGCCGUGAAAUAGACCAGGAUUGGAUGCUUCUAUACAGAAAUUUGCCUUUCCAUCCAAAACGAGGUUCUGAAACGAUUGAAAAGGAUAUUGCCUCUGUCAAUGUCGAAAGUGCACGGGGACCAAAGGAAGGGCGUGCAAUGGAGGCUUUGACGCGUUGGCGACGUCAUCAUACACGUGCUAAACUCGACGAUCUCUUGCAUGCUCUGAAAAAAAUUAAGCGGCCCGACAUUGUGGCCGAAAUUGAUAGAGUUUUGAAUCCGCCAAGAUUAAUAGAGGAGGAAGAACAGGAAAUAUAUGUGCCCCCUAGUGUCGCUCCGGAGUUAGUUCCUUUUUACAAAGAAGUCGAGAGAUACGACCAACUGAGGAGGGCUCAUAAAAAUAGAAAGAAGUCUGUUGUAGCUCAUAACAAGAGUGUGCAAAAACAAAAGACAUGACAUUUUUACAUAAUGCAAAACGAAUGUCAUGUUUCAGAUAUGACAGGAUAUACUGGUUACUCAAUAGUGUAGUAAAUUUUUAAAACUGUUUUUCUGCCUAAUAUUAUGAUAAUAAAUUAUAGCAUAAACAGUAGAACAAA